CAGAUCCAAGAUGGCGCUGUCCUGUGCCCGAACCGUGGGAGCGUUUCUGGGGAAAUGUGGAAACUGCGGCUCCGCGGUGUCGUCGCAACUGAGUCGGAAGGUCCCGAUCCGACCCCUCAGCUGCAGCUCCUCCCUCCUCAGGAAGAACCUGGCGGCCGCCGGGCCUGAGAAGUUCACCGCCGAGUUCAUCGAGAAGCAGGUGGAGGAGUUCAACAUCGGGAAGCGUCACCUGGCCAACAUGAUGGGAGAAGACCCGGAGAACUUCUGCCAGGAGGACGUGGACAGGAGCAUCGCCUACCUCUUCCCCUCGGGCCUGUUUGAGAAGAAAGCUCAGCCCCUCAUGAAGCAUCCAGACGAGAUCUUCCCGAGGCAGAGAGCCGUGCAGUGGGGGGCGGACGGUCGGCCGUUCCACUUCCUGUUCUACACCGGGAAACAGUCGUACUACUCGCUGAUGCACGAAACGUACGAGAAGAUCCAGAACUUAGAGAAACACCAAGAUCGUCUGAGAGCGAAGGGACUUUUCUCCCAGGACACGAAGAGGAUCUCGUUAGGAACCAGCCGCUGGCUCACGAAGGACGAGGUGGACGUCCUGCUGGUGGAGACCAUCUCCGCUCACGAUUACAAUCGCUUCAUCCAGCUGAUGGAGCGGCUGCUGUCCAUCCCGUACUGCGCCGGGGAGGAGGAGUUUGUCCUGCGUUACCGCCGGCAACUGGAGGCCCAGUCCCGGAAGCAGAUGGUGCCGCCGCUGGAGAGGGACGACCGCGGCGUGGCGUUCAGCACGGCCGAGGGACGCAGGAAGACGUCCACCUCCUCAGUCGUCCUCCGAGACUGCGGCGCCGGACGCGUCACCGUCAACGGGCGAGAUUACCUCGACUUCUUCUCCGUGCUGCAGGACAGGGAGCAGCUGAUGUUCCCGCUCCAGUUCACGGGCACGCUGGGACGCUUCGACCUGGAGUGCAGCGUGAGCGGCGGCGGCAGGUCCGGCCAGGCGGGGGCGCUGCGGCUCGCCGUCUCCCGGGCUCUGCUCAGCUUCCUGUCCGAGGGCGACGUGGAGACCAUGAGACAAGCCGGCCUGCUGACCCCUGACCCCAGGUUGAGGGAAAGGAAGAAGCCGGGACAGGAGGGAGCGAGAAAGAAAUUCACCUGGAAGAAACGCUGAGGAAGAGGAGGAGGAGGAGGAUUGAACCUGAACUUUAAAAAGAACCAUUCACUCGUGACCUUGUGUGAACUCUUCAGUUUUUAUUUAACCUCCUGAAACGACCACGAGCAGAACGUCUUCAAACUGCCGCCAUUUUUGAGAUCCAGCCAUCACUCAACUGGCUGCAGUGUGCUCCUUCAGCCACCAGAUGGCAGAAUCUGUCAAGGAAUGAAGAAGCUGAAGGUGUAAAUGAAUCAAUAAAUUAAGUUUUUCAUAU